AUGGCAACAACAAGUCCUUCAGAUCUCCUGCUCGCCAAGCUCUCAGCGGAGCUUCGUGUUCAAAUAUACCACUACAUCUUAAUGACAUCCAAGCCUCUCCGACGGCCCCUAUUAAGCGACGCUUCGAUCACUAGCCUCCUGCUCGUCAACCACCAGAUCUGCAACGAAGCAAUUGACGUCCUGUACUCGAACAAUGCUUUCAAGCUUUCACUUCAGGAAGUUGCAACUUAUCCCAACCGCACCAAUUUCAGCGAAAUGAGGCACAUCUUUCUGGCACACCCCAUCGGUGAUGGCGAGUACGGAUUUAAGGAAGGGGAAGGCGGCCUCUGCACGCACGCUUGCCGCUUCAUCGCCGCCACUAAACAGAUGCCGCUGCCGCUUCAUCUUUGCGAAGUGGUGAUCGAGGUGGGGCACCUAAGCUCAGCGUAUCAUGCUGAGCUAGUCUCGACGACUAUAGGAGGGCGAGUGAGGGAUGUGGAUGUGGGAGUGUGGGAGGUGGAGUUUGGGCAGGGAUUCAGGAUGGUUGUGCGGUAUGAGCGGCUAUGCAGAGUUUGGAGUCGCAUUUGGGGCGAUGCGGUGGGCCGUGACUUCGCCAUCAGGAUGGCGACGGAGGACAGAUUUGAUUACGACUACGGCUGUUUGACACGUGCCGACAUGCUAUGCGCGUUGGUCUAUUGCGCAGUUGGCGACUCCGGGUUCAGCGACGUUGAGCUCAGUGCCUUCUUUGAAGACGCCGGAUUGGCGUUGUGGUCCUAUAGUGGUGUGACGUUUGCGGAUAUCGAAGGGACAACGGACACCGUGUUCGGGGAGGGAUUCGACUUCGGCAAGGUCGCGCCUGGGAAGCGGAGAGAGUGUGGCCGGGCGAACAGGAUCUUGCUGGCGGUGCUGGAAGCCGUGACACUGCGGAACGAUGAGACGUAG